AUGACCACAGCGUUGUGGGGUAACAGUGGGGCGGAGUGUGUCGCUUCUGAGGAAGCCCCAUUUUCCCAGAGAGCUACUGAUGGGUCCCUGCGGAGCGAGGACUGGGCUCUCAACAUGGAGAUCUGCGACAUCAUUAACGAGACUGAAGAAGGGCCCAAAGAUGCCUUCCGAGCCAUUAAGAAGAGAAUUGUAGGGAAUAAGAACUUCCAUGAAGUUAUGCUGGCUUUGACGGUCCUGGAGACAUGCGUCAAAAACUGCGGCCAUCGCUUCCAUGUCCUUGUGUCCAGCCAGGACUUCGUAGAAGGUGUCCUCGUGAGAACAAUCCUGCCGAAGAACAAUCCACCUGCCAUAGUGCAUGACAAGGUGCUGACCCUCAUCCAGUCCUGGGCGGAUGCCUUCCGCAGCUCACCGGACUUGACUGGUGUUGUCGCUGUCUACGAAGACCUGAGACGGAAGGGUCUGGAGUUCCCCAUGACUGAUCUGGACAUGCUGUCACCCAUCCACACACCACAGAGGACUGUGUAUAGCUCCGACUCCCAGUCCGGACAGAACUCACCUGCGGUUAACUCCCCUCAGCAGAUAGAGUCCAUCCUCCACCCUGUCACCCUGCCCACCAGGAGAGGCACAUCCAGUGACGCGCCUAUCACACCCACACCAGAGCAGAUCGGGAAGCUGCGCAGUGAGCUGGAAGUGGUAAAUGGGAAUAUGAAGGUUAUGUCGGAGAUGUUGACAGAGCUGGUGCCGUCCCAAGCUGAGUCUUCUGACCUGGAGCUGCUGCAUGAGCUGAAUCGGACAUGCAGAGCCAUGCAGCAGCGUGUUCUGGAGCUGAUUCCCCGUGUCCUCCAUGAGCAACUCACCGAGGAACUGCUCCUCAUCAACGACAACCUCAAUAAUGUGUUUCUGCGCCAUGAAAG